CAUUUUUUCACCCUACCAGCCAAAAGACCAAUAGAAUCAGGGUAAGUGUAAAAGUUGGCCAAUCGAGUUCCUCCGGCGGGAGCGCGGACGUUCUCUUUGCACAUGUGCGUGAUGUGCCGUCGAGAGUAACCUUCAGGAGAGUGAAAAAUAGGUGUUCAACAUGGAGGCAGCAAUGGCCAUCACAACCAAAUACUGCCAGAAGGAGCUGGAGGAAUAUGGUGGCUGUGUUGUGUCUCAUCCAGCAUCAUGGCAAGAGAAGUGUCUAGACCUGAAGCUGAAGGUGGCACAGUGCACUUCAUCACAUCCAGUGAUAAGGAAGAUCCGAACAGACUGUGCCGGUGAGUUUUCAGUGUUUGAACGCUGUCUGCGAGAGAACCAGAGCUCUGCCGAAGCGUGUCAGCCUCACCUCACCCGUUUCCUUUCCUGUGUUGAGACCGUCGACCUGUCAGGAAUAGCAAAUGCUGCGCCUCUGCCCACAUAGAUGUUUUUGUUAUUGUUCUGUCUAAUGAGGACAAUAGCACAGGUGUUUUAUACUCAAUACUGGGAAGAUACGGAUUAUGGAAAUAUUAUCUUUUGAAGAACUGCAACACACACACAAAAACAAGAACAGACAUAAAUCUUUUGCACACCUUUUUUUUCAAACUGUUUAAUGUGAUAUUUGAUUUGUUUUGUUUUUGGAACUUUUCAUACUAUUUAUGAGAGAAAUCAUUUUUAAAAGUUUCCAUGAUAUUAAAACAUGAAGUCGCAAUAAAA